UCUCCGGCCUUCUCGGAGUAGAGCUCCGCUACCUACCCAAACGCCAGAGAGGCAGGAAGAGCGCCGGUGGUGACGGUGGGAAGCCAAAACUCUCUGCAACUCCGGCGAGCAUCGAAACCACGCACACGAGGCCGAGGAACCUUCGGGAACCUUCGCGAGGAUGCUCUCCAAGCUCUCGGCGUGGUUCGUGAACCCGCGCCGGAACCCGCUGGCCCGCGCCCACCGGAACGCCGUCGCCUCCCGCCUCCGCAAAUACGGGCUCCGAUACGACGACCUGUACGACCCGUACCACGACCUGGACAUCAAGGAGGCGCUGUCGCGGCUGCCGCGGGAGGUGGUGGACGCCCGUAACCAGCGGCUGAAGCGGGCCAUGGACCUCUCCAUGAAGCACAAGUACCUCCCCGACGAAGUCCAGGCAAUACAGACGCCAUUCAGAAGCUACCUUUCUGACAUGCUUGCUCUUGUGAAAAAGGAGAAAGCAGAGCGUGAAGCACUUGGAGCACUUCCCCUGUACCAGAGAACCAUCCCAUAAAACGCUUUCUUUGUUACUUAUGAUCUAACAAUGAACGCAAUAAAAUGCAGCAGCUGAUACUGUAAUAUGAUACUGUAGUAAAAUGUUACGGUCGAUGGAGCCUUGUAUAUUUCUGAACGCUUGAAUGAACUGGGAUAUCGUUACUGAAGUCCGCUCGGUGCUACUGUUGAGUACAGUUUUGUGUCAAUUAUUUUCAAAUUA